GAUCAAAGAUUAUGGAAAUACAACGUGACAAUUCUAGUGAUGGUGGAAAAAGUUCAAAAGGAUGUGAUAAUCCCAUUCAUGUGCACGUCACACAGUGUAAAGACUACUCUUCUCAUGCAAAAUGCAUAGGGUUCUUUGUUUAAAAAAAUGUAAUGUUUGGGAUUAUAGUAGGAUGUUUAAACAUCUUGGGUUAUUGAAACGAAAUAUAACAUUGUGCAUGAUAUGAUACUAUAUUAUUAAUUACAUCUGUACAAUACAAAAUAUACAUAGGCCUAUUUUAGAAAUGUUCACUUGUUUGGAUUAUUAGUAAAAUAAUAACAUGCUACAGUUAUAAUGCAGUAUACUUUUAUAGUUGUUUUUGUUUUGUUUUUUAAAGGGGUGAGGGGGUCUACAGUAUGCCAGACGGGACCUCAAUUAAAAAUGGGUUUGCCUGGAAAUCGUCCAAACUUUCCUGUGUCAAACUAGCCUAAACAGAUACUAAUAGACAUCUAAUGUUUUCAUGGGUCCACCCCCUGUGUAAGCAGUUUAUAUCUGAUACCAGAUCGUUGGUAUACCAGUCUUCAGUCAGAUCUUGCGUUUAGAAUGGAGAGGGACAUCACACAAUCAUAGCACUCGAACUGUAAAAUCACUUGAAAUUACUUGGGUGUUACAUCCGUAUAUUUAAUCAGUCCAUUUAUUAUGUAAUAGCUAAUAGAACAGGUCAUUUAAUAAUUUGAAUUAAUGACAAUAUCAAGUUAUCUCUGAAAUACACACAACUGGAUCUCAGAAGGUAGGCGGGAGAUGCUUUAAUGGGAUCUUUCUUAAUGAGAUAUAUUUUUCGAACAAUGGAAUUAAUUACAAGAGUGUGAUCGAAUGUAGAUCCAGGUACUACAAGCGAUAUAAUAUGAGCUUCCUGCCGAGCGGGAUCUCGUUCUUUUUGUCUUUAUUUAUCUGCUGGUUCACAUCCAGAGUCGGCUCGUCUUGGUGGUACAUGGGUAGGACUACCCUGGGUUCUCAAGUGAUGUGCGAGAACAUUCCUGGAUUAGUGAACAAGCAGCGGCAGCUGUGUCACCAGCAUCCCAAUAUGAUGCAGUCGAUUGGAGUUGGGAUUACUGAAUGGAUUAGAGAAUGUCAGCAUCAGUUCCAACAUCACCGCUGGAACUGUAACACGAUAGCUCGAGACCACACCCUCUUUGGCAGGGUUCUGCUCAGGAGUAGUCGUGAAGCUGCGUUUGUCUAUGCUAUCUCCUCUGCGGGUGUGGUGUAUUCGUUAACCCAAGCCUGCAGUCAGGGGGAACUGGAAUCCUGCUCCUGUGAUCCCAAGAAGAAAGGCUCCUCCAGAGACAGUAAGGGUACCUUCGACUGGGGAGGCUGCAGCGACAACAUAGACUACGGCAUCCAGUUUGCACAAGCCUUUGUAGAUGCCAGGGAGAGAAAAGAGAGGGAUGCCAGGGCCCUGAUGAAUCUCCACAACAACAGAGCUGGGAGAAAGGCAGUGAAACGCUUUCUGAAACUAGAAUGCAAGUGUCACGGUGUAAGUGGAUCUUGUACAGUAAGGACUUGUUGGCUGGCAAUGGCAGAUUUCCGGAAGACCGGAGAUUACUUACGGAGAAAGUACAACGGAGCCAUCCAGGUUGUCAUGAAUCAGUAUGGCACUGGUUUCACUGUUGCCUACAAGAAGUUCAAGAAGCCAACUAAAAAUGAUCUGGUUUAUUUUGAGAACUCGCCAGAUUAUUGCAUCAGGGACCAUGAAGCAGGAUCUCUGGGCACUGCUGGCCGGAUCUGUAACCUUACAUCCCGUGGAGCGGACAGCUGUGAAGUGAUGUGCUGUGGCAGAGGAUACGACACCGCCAGCUUCUCGAGGAUGACACAGUGCGAGUGCAAAUUUCACUGGUGUUGUGCUGUCCAUUGCAAAGACUGCCACGAGGUUGUUCAUGUGCAGACUUGCAAAGCUCUAAAGAAUACUGAUUGGCUGGAUCAAACAUGAAGGGAGAGUAGAACUUAGAACAUUUUGCACCAUGUAGACUGCAUACAGUAAAGAAGAUAAAAAGAAGGUAUUUAGCCAUAUGGAAAUUAUAUUAUUAUUGCAGAUAAAUACCACUUUUUAUGUUAU